UUUUUUUUAUACUCUAGUAUUUAGGAAAUCUCCUUCAUUAAAAAUAUUUGUCAUUCUCGUCUCUUAGAAAUGACCAAUUAAACAUUUUUUUUAAAUUUUAGCCCAAUAGUAAUAACAAAUAUUUGUAGAUUUUAAUAAAAAAAAAUCAAAAAUAGUAAGUAUAAACAUGAAUAAAGUCAAUAACAAAAAUUACAUUACCUACCAAGCAAAAGUUACAGAUGCUGAUACGAUUACUUCUUUUUAGUCCAAUGCUAGGCCAUUGUAAAUCCAGAUUUGUCUCUGAGCUAGCACGUUCAAUUGGCACGUCUUCUUUGGUGUGCGCGAGCCAUUAUGAUGUCCUGGGAGUCACGCCGAAAGCCACGCAAUCGGAAAUUAAGUCUGCUUACUAUAAACUAUCAAAAGUCUAUCAUCCAGAUAAAUCUUCGGAUGAAACAUCAGCUAAAAAGUUCAGAGCUAUAACAGAGGCAUAUGAGGUUCUCGGAAAUAUCAAAUUAAAAAAAAUGUAUGACAAAGGCCUGCUUGUUGGUCAUGAGAACAAAUCUAGAAUGGAGUACCGACCUGAGCCUGAACCAACUGACCCCACUUUGAAAUUUUACAAGUCACAUCAGCGUCGCCAUAUAACACCCACUAUGGAUGGCAGGACAUCUAUAUAUGAUUUUGAUGCUUGGUCAAAGAAUCACUAUGGCGAUUUAUUUAAAAAGGCCCAAUAUGAUAAAGAUUUACUAAGGAAGAAAAUGGCAAAUCGAAGAGCUAUUACUCAAUCGACCAGACAGGAAGCAUUAUUAUAUUUAAUAUUUGCUUUAGGAAGUUUAUUCGUAAUAUUAGUAGUUAAUGGUAAAGCAGACUAUGAUCAAGAUAAGAUUAUUAAAGAAAAUGCACAAAAAAUGGAAAGGAAAUCUGAGUAAAUAUCAAUUUGAUCUUUAGUAAAAAGAAAUCAAUGAUUAAUUUCAAAAUACACCAGUUUAAUAAUAUACUUUGCAUUGUAUAUAUUGUACAUAUUGUUAAAUACUUCAACAACUAUAGAAAAAAAUGUGAUAAUGUUUAAAAUAAUAAAGUAGAAUAUUCUUAUUA